GGGAGUCAGUGCCGCGGCAUCUAGCAGGGUUGGAUCAUCGUCCGGACAUCAGUCGUGAAGAACAUCCCGCGCAAGGCUCGAGCCAUGUGGCUGUACCUCGUCGUUUUGAUCUUACUCUCAAGCACAGUACUCGCGCGAUACCACGAAAAAACACGUUUUGAUCGAUCUAUUCACGAAGAAAUAAGAGUGAAAAACACAGAUGUAGAUCAUUUUGAAAAGAAAUGGUCAUUCACCGACGAUGUAACGGAAUAUGUCGCAUACAAAAGCAAAGUGGAUAACGAUUGCUAUCUUGAGAAUAUAAAGCAAGAUCGAGAUGUACGUAAGAAACGGCAAACAAAGAUACUCUAUGCAUCAACAGUCCUUACAAAAUUGGAGGCAUGGCGACUCGCUGGAGGCCGUAUCGUCGAUUUUUGCAAUGGGCGAAAUUUUAUUUUGCUAGAGACAAACAAACCUAUACUUGGGCAAACUCUAGAUCCCUUCCUGAAUGAAAUUCCAGUAGAUGAAAAUGACAUUUCGUCAAGACGAGUGGCUGAUGUAGUAUUAACGCCGCUCAUCAGUCGCACGAGAAGAGAAAUUCAAUUGGAGCAACGUGAGAUAUUGAAUAAGAAAUUCGGCCGAUUUCGACAACGUCGACAGACGAACCAGUUUCGAGGAAAAUUUCGUGGACAAACACAGUCUCAAUAUUUGAAUAUCGGUAGUGGUGAGCAGAAAGAAGGUAAAGCGGAAGCUGAAUCUACUCAGCAGGCUUCACGCGCUGUAGUCAGCGGCAGUCGUGGCAUGGGUCAAGCACAAAGUAUGUCGUCGGGUGGUACCGGUUGUGAAGAUUGUCCUGGAUAUCCUGGUGUCGAGAUUCCGGAUAAAUUACGAAUUCCAUCCGCAGAUGGUGAUAGAUUCGUGCAAGGCGUAGGUACACCCGGUAUCAGGCGUCCUGGAACAGGAAUUGUACCAGGCGGCAUACCUUAUCCUGGCGGUAUUACUCCAGGUGCACAAAUAACUUAUCCCGGUGGAGUGGUUCCCGGAGGAGUUGGUACUUAUCCUGGCGUUCUUCCUGGUACUAGACCGGGAACUUAUCCUGGUGUUCAGCCUGACAUCAUAACACCAACUGGAGAUGGAACAUAUCCUGGAGGUGUUCAGCCUGGAGUUAUCCAACCUGGAACUGUAACACCUAGUGGCGAUGGAACAUAUCCAGGAGGUGUUCGUCCCGGAGUAGUUACACCAGGUGGCGAUGGAACAUACCCAGGAGGUGUUCGCCCUGGAAUAAUGAUACCAGGUGGCGAUAGAACAUACCCAGGAGGUGUUCGUCCCGGGGUAGUGACACCAGGUGGCGAUGGAACGUACCCAGGAGGUGUUCGUCCUGGGGUAGUGACACCAGGUGGCGAUGGAACAUACCCAGGAGGUGUUCGCCCUGGAGUAGUGACACCAGGUGGCGAUGGAAUAUACCCAGGAGGUGUUCGUCCCGGAGUAGUGACACCAGGUGGUGAUGGAAUAUACCCAGGAGGUGUUCGUCCCGGAGUAGUGACACCAGGUGGUGAUGGAAUAUAUCCAGCUGUUCGCCCUGGAGUAGUGAUACCAAGUGGUGACGGGAAAUAUCCACCGGGGACUUUAAUCACAGGAGGACCGGGAACAUAUCCCGGAGGUAUUCAACCUGGAGGAGUUUUACCUGGUACUACGACAACCGGCAUUGGAACAGGCGUUGGAACGUACCCAGGAAGCAUUCAACCUGGUAUUCAACCAGGACAAGUUACCUAUCCUUCUGGUGGUGUUAUCACCUCAGUAACGACGGGUGCUACGAUUAUUGGUACUGGAACUUAUCCAAGUGGUAUUACACCUGGAACAGGUCAGCCAGGUGGAAUAUAUCCAGGAGCCACCUUACCAAUCGGGAGAGUAGAAACUUAUCCCGGAACUGGUAUUCCCAGUGUUCAACCUGGAACUGUAUCAGGAACAUAUCCUGGUGGUGUCCCAGGAACAGUAGUAGGUCAAGGAGUUUAUCCUAGUGGCGUGCAGCAAACUGGCGCGCCUUAUCCUGGAGGAGUUACAACUUAUCCAGUAGGACCUGGAGGUUUAGUUCCUGGCAUGGUCCCGACUACAGGUUCAAUAGCUGAUGGUGGCACGCAAGUAAUAAGUUAUCCAGGCGGUCGACCAAUAGACGGUCAAGCGAUUUAUCCGGCUCCUGGAAGUGUCAUUCAACCUGGUAGGAUUCCUGAUGGAACAGGUGGCACCCAAAUCACUACAUAUCCAAGUACAGGUACCUAUCCCGCAGGUCAAGUUAUAUAUCCCAGUGGCACACAGCAAGUUAUACCUCCCAGUGGUACCUUAUAUCCCGGUCAACAAAUUUUCCCCGGUGAUGGUAGACAAACAUAUCCAGGCCAGCUUUAUCCAGGAACAAGUGUAGGAAUUCCAGGAACAGCCGUUCCAGGAAGAACAGUCGUACCAGGAGGAAUUCAGUAUCCCAUCAGUACAACGGGAGGUCAACCGACAAUCGGAAGAACAGGAGUCACUGAACAGUAUCCUGGUCAAUAUCCGAGCAGAAUCGGCGGUCAAGUAAUAGGUGCGCCAUAUCCAGGAGUAAGUGAAACCGGGAUUGAUGGAACUUACACGCAAAUUGGAGCUGGUAGACCAACGGGUGUGGCAGAUGACAAUGCCGAGUCGCAAGCCUCAAGUUCUGUACAGCAAGAAGGCUCGGAUACACAAGCGAGUGCUUCAGCUCAGGGCAGAUAUGGUCAGGGCACGGCUCAGUCACAAGUGACGGGCACUUACAGCGGCUCUGGCUCUUUUUCCGCCCAGGCCGGCACCAGUGAUGCAAACAAAGGUGCCCAGACAGAGGUCAGUGGUGGUAAAGAAGGUGCCACCAGCAAUGCGCAAGGCGUAGGUGGUUAUGGGAAAAGUCAAGCGCAAGUUCAGCUGAACUCGGAUUCCGGAGCUACUUCGACAGGUGCUCAGAGUAGCGGCUGGAAUCACGGUACUAAUUCUCAGGUGCAGGCAAGUUCCAAGGGCGGAAUGGCAGACGCUCAGGCUAAUGGCGAAGGUAGCACGUCUAGUCAGGCACAAAUUGGGUUCCAACCAUACUUAAAAACCGAUGAGAAGCCAGAGGAACAUGACUCGCUGUUUCGUGGCAGUGGAACAGCAUCGGCUCAGAGCGGUACUCACAGGGGCCAGUCUCAGUCGCAAUUGCAAGGUUCUUUUCAAUACGGAAUUACUUACACCGGUGCGGCGCAGGCUGGUUCCGGGUCCGGCGCCGCGUCUUCCCGAAAACCUUUCAGCUUCAAUAUGACUGAGACGGAGCUUUUUAAACCCUUCAAGCCACAAAAUCCUUCGAGAAAACUGACGAACGUCGGUAAUGCUCAAUCAAGCCCAACAAGUCCAACUGCAGAUUACGAAGAUAGGCAGAAUCGCGAACAGGGUCUACAAAGCAGCUCGACCUCGAGACAGACCGUCGUCAUAGGCAGCAAGAACAAUCCAGAGGAUCCUCCAGAGAACAAAAAAGUAUUGGCUACGGAGAAAUCGCGAACAGAUGACCCGAUGUAUGACGAAUAUGACAACGAUUACGCGGACGAGUAUUACGAUACCACAGCGACGACGACCACAUUGACCACGACGACGACAAACCCGAUGAGUAAUGGCGCGAAAGCCUUCACACAUCAGCGCGAUAAAGUCAAAACGGCUCAACGACAAAAUCAACAGACACAAGUGAUGCAUGUGAUCAAAGGGGAUCGGUACGACAUUCACGUUAACCAAGAUUCAAACUCACCUCGAACGAGCAACGUCCUACAGCCAGGACAAUCCUUGAUGGGAUACACGGUACCGCCUGGAUUCCGCGGUAGAGUGAUGUCAAUCUCGGGUACCGAGACUAUCGCCCAGGGAGAUGGCAAGUCACAGUCGCAGACCGUGUCUCUGGUACCGAAAAAUUCUACCAGCACUAAGCCGUCAGCCACGGAGGUCAGAUCGCUUCAGACUAAUCACGAACGUCAUGUCGACCGUCAUACGUCGAGUAGUAAGAGUCAAGCUAGUCCAUCUUUUGGCCAAGGUGCAAUUUCUGACAGACGCACGAGACCUGUCCCUACUUCCAUAGCUAUAAAGCCGAGUUACUACACUGUGAGUAAUAGCGUUGCCGGCAAGAUGAACGGCAGUAACGCGCAGAAACAAUACGAGCAUCGUUACUACACCAAGAGUUCCACCUGCGGAUAUUUUACGUUCUCCUGCAACGUCGUAUAUGGCUCUAACGGCAGGACGAAAAUCUGCAAGCCGAAAGCACCGACAUAUCCCGACGGCACGCCUAUGAGAUGUUGAGCCGUUGAAGUGCCCACACAAGAGAGCACGCGUCGAUCAUUAUUUCUGCAUAAUCGCUUCCGCAAAGCAUCUCGUUUGGAAUCGUUUCGUUGUCGCUCGUUAUACGUGGCCUGCUUAAGUGUAGAAACAAUUAAUUGCUUUUGCGCGCAUUGCACUUGGCAUGGUAACUCAUUCUACCUGUAUAUUCAAACGAUACAUUCCACUCCUCGGCAGCUUACCACCACUCCUAUGUAUGUGAGCAUGAUGAAGUAAAUUCGACGGAAAGCCUCGAUUUUAUGGAUCGAUAAUCGGAUAGUUUGCGAACUUCCAGAUCCAUAAUAUCGAAGAUUCACCGUAUGUGUUAUAUAUACUUUGACAUUAUAAUUUUUUUAUUGAAGUACUUUGAAAAUUAUUGACUGUGAACAAUGUUGCUACAUCAAUCGCUGCUAUUUAUUAAGUUUCCGUCAAUAAAAUACACUUUACCUAGAA